UAAAUAAAUAAAUAAAUAAAUAAAUAAAUAAUUAAAAAAUACGUAACGGCUUGAUAGAAUUUGUACUAUUUUCUCGUCGCUGUAUUCGUAAAAACUCGAGGGUGUAGAAAUGAUGUUGUUUAAGUCUAAUUCUUGUUUUGUAGCCGUAAGUUUACCUAAGCUAUAUUUCAGCCAAGUGUCCGAAAUUUGCCUGAAAUCAGAUAAAAAGUGUACGAAAAUAAAACCUUCGAGAUAAAACGUUCUAAAUUUUGUGCAAGUAAUGUUGUACAAGUUCGAAACGGUACGAAAGAGCGAAAGUACGGUUAAUUUUAUUGUAAACACCUGUCAUCCAUCCCCAAUUUUUCGUAAAAUAAAUGCGUUUUACGGAGAGUUGACAUGAAAAAAUUGCUAAAGCUGAGCAACAGAGUCCAUUUGUUCUUAACUGAUACUUCAUCACUAACAACAGAAACAAGACAAAGAAAGCCUUCCGCAAAAGUCACAUCAAGUAAUUUUCAGCAAGGCAAGACAUCUCCUUUACCACGAAUGACAUCUUUCACCUCAGCUGCAGCCACAAACAGUAUGAGUGAAGCACCAAGAAUCAUGUCCACUGUGAGCGGGUUUAGAAUGGCCAGCAGUGUAGCAGACGUGGCAGUAAUUGCAAAUCUUGUACCUAAUAGAGAAUCCAAAUGGUCUCGAUGGAGUUCAUGGACUGACUGCACUAAAACAUGCGGUACUGGAACACGUCAGCGGAAAAGAACAUGUCAAGCCAUUAAUCAAAGAGCAGUUUUCGCUCCAAUAUCUUGCGCUGGAAAAUCUCAGCAAGUCAAGUCAUGCGCAGAAUGGAGUUGCCCAGAUUGCUCUAAAAACUGUACCACUGGAACACUGAAUGCGGCUUGCGAUGCAUGCACUUGUGCUCAUCAUAUCCUCACUGGCAGAAUCUUGACAGAAAGUGACGUACCACUCUCAGAGGUAAACAUAUCAUUGGCAGAGACACCGUACAAUGUUCUGGUGCAAACAAAUGUCAGUGGCUACUUUUCUACUCGUGGAGUCUGCGCAGAUGAUCAGCAAGAGCUGCUCAUAACAAAGGCGGGGUUUGUUCCUGUGAAACUAAGAGCUAAUGUUUUGACGCCGACGAGGGCUACAAUUACAGCAAAAAUGGAAAUUGCAGUUGCGCCAUUUGUAACAGUUCAUCCGGAAAGCAAGAUACGGAUGUCUGGCCAAAGCGUUACAUUUUGUUGCGAUGGGGAAGGGAAUCCCCCACCGGAGAUUGAGUGGUUUAAAGAAAAUAACGUCAUCGACAAGGAUUUGUAUAAUUACGACAAAGAUCUUGAAAUUCCUGACGUGACGGCCCUGAAUGGAAGUUUCCGUUGUCGAGUAGUAAACCAAUUUGGUUCUGAAUUUUCAACCGCUGCUGAGUUGACAGUAUUCGAAAAAUCUGAGGACUCGUGCUCUUCGACACCUAAAUCCAAGAACGAGACCCUGCCUGACGGUUGUGUUCUCAAUGGUACAAACACCACUACCGUGGACGUCGGGAAAUGUGAGCCAGUCGCAUGUGUGAAGGGGAAUUCAAGCUUCAAUUCUUCUUGCACAGACUCUUCCUUGUGCUGUGGGCCUCGCUCUUUUGAAACAGCUCUAGUUCAGUGUGGGUCCCUCAUGUCGUUUGAUCUCUCCGUAGUUAAAUCGUGUGGGUGUGGAGAUUGCUUAGAAAAACAAACGGUGAUAGAAGGUACUGCCGUAGGUCAAGAUGACAGCGCGGCCAUGCUAGUGAAAUUAUUCCUUGCUGGACAACUGGUUGCUAUGACCGAUGCAAAUGGUGACUUCUCUUUUGCUGUUCCGAAAAAUACGAGAAGAGCAAUAGUGACUUUUAAAGAUCAGAUCGUCAAAAAAUUUGAAGAAGAAGAUAAAAUUUUUGUCUUAAAUGAAGGACAGACAGUGAAAUUUCGAGUGAAACUAAGAGAGAAACCAAAGCCUAUCACUUUCAAUGCCUCUGAGCCAUUAGACGUGCCAUUAGGUGGUGAUUCAGAUAGCUUCGCAGACCUUGAACUACCGGAAAAUGCCCUCUUGACUGAAGAUGGUUCCGUUUUCAGUGGAAAUGCAAAGGCCUCAGUCAGUGUUACUGAUCCUCGUAACCAGUCUGAUAUUUUAUCAGCUCCGGGAGAUUUUAGUACCAUGAAUGAAGAUGGCGAGGAGGAAAUUCUUGAAACUUACGGUAUGAUGAAGCUCAGUCUGGAAGAUGACAAUGGAAAACCCCUAGUUAUGUCUAAACCCAUGAAAGUGUACUUAGAUCCUGAAAAACUCAACUUGACUGUAUCUGAUGGGAAUGUCUCUGUAAAACUUUACUGGCUUGACAGGAAAACUGGACGUUGGAGGUCGGUCGGUGAUUUUGCUCUUGAAGAUGGGAGCAAAAGAAGACGAAAGCGCUCCGAUCAUCGAGUAUUUCUUGCAGGAACCGUGACACCAGCCAUAGCAAAGGCGAAUCUCAACUUUGACAAGCCAGACUACAGAGUCGGUUUAAGAGUAACAACUAAACCAGCAGAAGAUGACGUCAUAAUAACAGCCAUUCGCAAAGAUCACAAAGGGUAUGUGGAGCGCAUAACAAAGAAUGGUGUCAUCUGCAUGCCGAUAUGGAAAGACAAGGAUUAUUACCUUCAAGCCGAAAAGAACUUCAAGUAUUACGAUCCAGAUCCCGCUCUUAAGCCCUUUAAGAGCACUUUUCGACAUGUCAAAGGCGAUGUAAAAGACGUUGAGGGCAAGGGUAAAACUAUUAGCUCAUUUGAAUUUUCUAGCAGUCUGGUGAACCCAAGAGGGCCGAUUUACUUUGACGAUGGAGAGGGUGGCAACGAAAGGAACAUGUGUGAAAAGUCUCUGAAUUCCGCGCAAUCCCAAGUGAAGGGUAGGCAGUUUGUAUUUAUACCACCCUCCCUUGGUCCAGCGGAAUACCAAUUGCUCGGUAUAGACGUCGACGAGAAUACGGAUUGGAAUAAACUAAAUCGCGUUGACUUGGGCUUUGACAGUUGUUUUAUUAAAGUCAAUAUAACCGGCAAAAAGGUUCUGUUUAUGGCAGCUAGCUAUGACAAAAAAGUGCCAACUGCAAAAGACCCAAAUAAACCGAACAGUAGACAACCUUAUAGGAAAGGCUUUCAUAUCAAGAUGGCAAGAGCAUCAACAGUCAGCGCCGAAUCAGGCAACGCGGUUUGUCUUCAGUUCAGGUGUCCGAGAAAGAUAGGCGACAACUACGAUCACACCUUCCUUCUUUUAACACCAAUGAUCUCAACCUCAGCAGCUACUUGCAAGUUUGUCAAGAUGGAUAGUACUUUGGGGGGCGCACAAUCAAAGUGUGGUACUCUCCCUACUGCCGAGGGCGACGAAAAGUGGAUAUGUAUCCCUUCCGACAAAAAUGAUGAUAAGCUUUCUACUUACCGAGGACGAGGAACUGUAGGUGAGGCCAAAUGUCUGAGGAGUGAUCCAAGUUUUAAAGGUACUAAUACAUCGGUUGUAAAGCCCACAGAAGCUUCCGUGGACUAUGAUUGCAGGUAUGAACAAUAA